AUGACGGAGCCCUCCGCUUCGCAACACCCUCGAAGGAGACGAUGGGCACCCAAGGUCAGGACGGGUUGCAGUACAUGCCGAUUGCGGCGAGUCAAGUGCGACGAAACGAAGCCAAGCUGCCUAAAAUGCACUACAACAGGGCGACGAUGCGACGGAUAUGCAUAUGGGUUGCAUCCGGCUGUGGCAGCUAAGCCAGCUACAACAGGCAUCGUACAGCCUGCUGUGAAAAUCACACCGCCUCAGGUUGACGCUACCAGAGAGGAAAUCGAACUAUUCCACUACUUCCGCGUUGUCGUAUCGGGACAGAUCACUGGCGCCUUUGACGAGAUGUCUUGGACCGACAAUCUGCUGCAAGCGAUACAGCAGCAGCCAGCCAUUUGGAGCGCAUGUAUUGCGGCAUCGGCCUUACAUAGGGUUUAUAUUGACAUGCCAACGAUGAAAACAACGGUCGCCAGCCAACGGGACAGCUUGUACCUAAUGGGCCUCAAGCAAUACCACUCAUCUUUGAAGCACAUCAUCUCCAUCACUCAGCAAGAUAUUGUAUCUCUAGACGAGCAACUGUCAAUCUUGACUGCGAACCUCCUCUUCCUCGCCCUUUCUUGGUACCGGGGUGAUAUGGUGGAAGGGUUCAAUCAUUUAUGCAACGGGAUGAUGUUGAUUGCUCAGUGGCGUCUGUUACCGCUGCUUCUAGAAUCAGACGGCAGCAGACAAAACAGCUUGCUACCAGCAGAAUCCUUACUACUGACCUACAUGCGAGCUGAUAACUCUACGAUGCCGUCUCGUGACGCUGACAAAUCGGUGCUUGAUACCAUUGUCAUCCCACCCGCUGUCAGCAGCAAGGACUUUGCUUCCCCUAGCGACGCCUACUUUGAACUGGAAUUUCUGUGGAAUGCGGUGCUGAAGAUUACUCGAAAGACCUCGUUGUCAUCGGAGCAAGCAGACCAGGGUCCGACGCCUGAUAUUUUAUAUACUUUCCGGCCCGUGUCACAACGCUGGGGUGAAAAAUUGAUGCGAUUCAAGAAUUCCAACGACUAUCUCGAAACGUACAUGGAAUCUAUAGUAGCUCUCAAGGUACGACAUGCCUUUAUUGAGGUUCUUUUGAGUCUGGACUUGAAUGCAUCCGAACUUGGAUGGGACGCUUUCGACAAGUCGUUUUCCAACAUUGUUGAGCUGGCUGAGACAUUGGCAAAACGGCUCGAAGCAUACAUAUCAAGUAAACAGUCCAGAAGCGGCCCUGCAAGCAAUAUUGUUCGACUUGCAGCAUCUAUGACAGAUGCUCUUGGCCAUGUGGCUUGGAGAUGUCGUAACUAUAGGAUACGGCACAGGGCUCUCGAUAUAAUCCAGCGUAUCCAGAUCAAACACUACCCAACGGACAACACUGUUCUAGCCAAGAUUUCGGUGGCGCUUGUUAUGGAAGAAGAAAGUAUCUGGGCGCAUCCCGAGACUAAUGGUUGUGGGUGCGUCCCAAGAUCCUCCAUCUGCCUCCGACACCGCAUCGUGUACAGCCGGAUACAAUGGGCCGCCGAUGGCGAUUUCCUUUUAUUUCUACGAACCAUGGAUGACAUUUCCAACAAUCGGCCCGCUAGAUCAGUUAAUGUGAUGCAGUGGACCAAGGCGAUGUAA